AUGUCUUCUCUAUGGCGGCGAGCCGAAGUCAACCCUCUUAAUGGGAAAAGCUUCACCUUUCCGCUAUUUCGCAUAUGGGAUGAUAUCUACUCCACAGCAUUUUGGCUUGCGACGCUAGGAUUUUUCGUGGCUUUCUUCUCCUGGUUUGCGUUCUCCCCCCUCGUGCCCGAGGCGGUAAAAGCGGAUCUCAACCUUACCCCAGACCAAGUCACCAAUUCCAACUUAGCUUCUCUCGGCGGCACGGUUAUUGUGCGUCUGAUUGCUGGUCCCGCCUGCGAUAAGUUCGGCCCUCGGAAAGUCCUGGCCGCCCUCCUCGUCCUCGGCGCCAUCCCGUCUGGCUUGGCGGCACUGGUUACCAAUAUUCAAGGGCUGGAGGCAGUGCGGUUCUUCAUCUCCAUUCUUGGGGGCACAUUCGUUCCAACCCAAGCCUAUACCACCACCUUCUUCGACAAGUCCAUCGUUGGCACCGCCAAUGCCUUUUCCGGUGGUUGGGGCAAUCUGGGUGGUGGAGUGACUGUCGCUGUGAUGAUCGGCUUGUACCAGCGAUACAUCAAAGCUGGAUACAGCCCUCAUCUCGCCUGGCGUCUUUGCUUUGUUACGGUUCCUGUGCCAUGCCUAUUGCUCGUUGCCGUCAUAAUUCUGUUAUUUGGAAGAGACCAUCCAUACGGCAAAUGGUCACAGCGCCACCGCCUCAGCUGCCUGGCCAAGGACAAGGCCCAAUCGGAGCCGCUAACAUUUACGGCGCUGCUCAAGAUCCUUGCCGACCUCCGCGUCUGGUCGUGUGCUUUGUGCUAUCUUCUCACGUUUGGACUGGAGACCGCAAUGGACGCGGCGCUCCCUGGUUUGAUCAACACCCUGUUUGCUAGCGAGUCUUUCACGAUCACGGAUGCGGCCUAUGCAGCGUCCACCUACGGUCUCAUGAACUUGUUCGCUCGGCCGCUGGGGGGCAUUGUGUCAGACUUGCUCUACGCUCGGUUCGGGCUCCAUGCCAAGAUGUACUGGCUCCUGGCCACCGCCUUAUCUCAGGGUAUUGUCAUGAUUGGCCUGGGAGUCUACAUCGACAAAGACAAGGCUACCAUCGGCGGCGUGAUUGGCUUUAUUGUCGCCAUUGCAAUCACGGGAUUCGCAGCCAACGGCGCCUGUUACUCCAUCUAUGGCCACCUGCGUCCCCAAAAUAUCGGCGCUGUGGCCGGCAUUGUUGGCGCCGGCGGCAACAUUGGGGGUCUUCUUUACACCUUGAUCUUUAAGUACCAGCCGGGAGUUCGCCUUUCGCCAUCGCCAAGCCAUCCGCACGGGUACAAUUCGCUUGGGAAAAAGUUCUGGAUUGCAGGAUUAUUCAAUGCGGCGGCCGUCGUACCGCUUUUUCUAGUGCCGUUAGGUGAUGCUGUGUAG